AUCUGUAACUGCGUGCAUUGAUGUUAGACGAAGUAACAUAUGCAACACCUCAUCCUAAUUUCUCCUAGUCCUCUUUCCCAUGUUCCCACUUCGUUCAGCAUGUUGUAGUUUUAAAACAUGCUCUUUAUUGGAAUAAACCAUGUAUAUUAACGGAAUAUAAUAAAAUAAAGAAAGUAAAGUUUAAUCUAUAUUACGUUUAUUUCACAGUUUUAUUAAAUAUUGAAUGGCGAGGGAGAAGCAUCCUUUUGCCUCACUUACUUGUUGGCUUCACUUUCCCCUUAAAUAAAAAAAUAUCUGGCCGGGAAAUUGCUCUUCCACCAGCAUCAGCAGCCACUGCUCCUUGAUGUUGUGGUAAAGCAUGCGCAUGCGCCACACAUUGGAAUUACUGCACUGGCCAGAAUAAGUUGGACCACGUCUGUCUUCACUGAAAUCCAAAAUCAUAUCAAAACUAUGGCGGUGUUGAGAAUAAGAACAAUGAGAUACUUUGGGGUUUGGACCUUCCUCGUAAUAGUGGCUGUGGUCUGUGCGCAAAGGGUCAAUGACCCUAGCAAUAUGUCAAUCGUAAAAGAAACUGUGGAUAGACUGUUGAAAGGAUAUGACAUUCGCUUGAGGCCAGAUUUCGGAGGUCCCCCUGUUGGAGUGGGGAUGAAUAUAGACAUAGCCAGCAUAGACAUGGUAUCUGAAGUCAAUAUGGACUAUACAUUGACUAUGUAUUUCCAGCAAGCUUGGCGAGACAAACGGUUAUCCUACUCGGAGAUUCCCCUCAAUCUCACCCUGGAUAACCGGGUAGCGGAUCAGCUGUGGGUCCCAGACACCUACUUCCUAAAUGACAAGAAGUCUUUUGUCCAUGGUGUCACAGUGAAAAACAGAAUGAUUCGACUCCAUCCAGAUGGAACCGUGCUCUAUAGCCUGAGGAUCACCACUACAGCAGCUUGUAUGAUGGACCUGAGACGAUAUCCACUGGACGAACAAAACUGCACACUGGAGAUAGAGAGCUAUGGGUACACCACUGAUGACAUAGAGUUCUACUGGCGAGGAGGUCAUAAUGCUGUGACGGGGGUGGAGAGAAUAGAACUUCCUCAGUUCUCCAUCGUGGACCACAAACUCAUCUCUAAGAAUGUCGUCUUCUCUACAGGAUCCUACCCCCGACUCUCCCUCAGCUUCAAGCUGAAGAGGAACAUUGGCUACUUCAUCCUGCAGACCUACAUGCCCUCUAUCCUGAUCACCAUCCUUUCCUGGGUCUCCUUCUGGAUCAACUAUGACGCUUCCGCUGCUAGAGUGGCUUUGGGAAUCACCACUGUGCUGACCAUGACCACCAUCAACACUCACCUGCGGGAGACCCUUCCCAAGAUCCCCUACGUCAAGGCCAUUGACAUGUAUCUUAUGGGUUGCUUCGUAUUCGUCUUCCUGGCCCUGCUGGAGUACGCCUUGGUCAACUACAUCUUCUUCGGCAGAGGACCCCAGCGCCAGAAGAGAGCGGCUGAGAAAGAAGCUGUCGCCAACAAUGAGAAAAUGAGAAUGGAUCCAAACAAGUGGUUGGUGGGAAAUGUAGUUCAGAGAGACGAUACUCUGUAUGCCAGAAUGAAACAGAGGGAUAUUGACGCUCAUGACUCGAUGUGGGAACCAAUCUUUGUGGACGAUGCAGCGAUAGGACUAGGCGAGGAAAAGAAUAAGAUGGACCCGCAUGAAAAUAUUCUACUGGGCACCAUAGAAAUUAAGAAUGAGAUGGGAGCAUCGGAGCUGACCCUUGGUCUCAGUGACCCCAGGAGCACCAUGUUGACUUAUGACAGCUCCACCCUGCAGUACCGCAAAGCAGGGCUGCAGGCCAGGCACAACUUUGGACGCAACACCCUGGAGCGCCACAUGCCUCAGAAGAAGAACCGGCUACGGAGGCAUGCUUCACAGCUGAAGAUCAACAUUCCCGAUUUGACUGAUGUAAACUCUAUCGACAAGUGGUCGAGAAUGAUCUUCCCCACUGUCUUUUCUUUGUUCAACAUAAUUUAUUGGCUCUACUACGUCAACUAAAUGGACUUCAGCAAGGGCAGAACUAAACAAACAACAAAGCUCAUUUUUCUCUGAAUAGUUAUCAUUUUGCUGUUUGUUCUUGCAACACAAGACUGAAUUACUAAAACAAAAUCAGGACUGACUCCAUUUUACCUUGGAACACCUUAAUUGCUGGCUAACACAUGAAAACCUUAGAGGAGAGAGAGAGAUUCAGAACAUAUACUGUAUGGUGCCUGUACCAGAGUUUUUGUUUAUAAUUUUACAAGUAGAAUAUUUAGUGAAUUUAGUAUUUUAUAAUUUUUAAAUGUUUGUUUGCAUAUAUUUGUAUGUUUUUAAAUUUUAAAAUCUUUAUAUAUAUAUAUCUAUCUAUCUAAUUUGUUGCCAAAACAUAGUUAGAAAUAUUAAUGAUAUAUUGAUUUUUAAAUAUCUCAGACCACAAAGACACUCCUUAAAACAGUUACAAGCAUGUUCAGGUCAAUCUUUUCUAAGAUUCAUUACUUCAAAGAUGUAAUUUUAUUUAUCCUAGAAUUUAUUUUGUCUUUAUAUUGUGAAGUUUCACUUUUUCAUAGUAUUAAUAUAUUAAGUAAUAGUAAAAGGGUUUUACGAUUAACCAACCUUUUCUACCUUGAUAUAGUUGAUAAAUCAUAUGAUUUAUUUUGAAGCAUUAUUUCAGUUCUAUGAAAGUGUUUGAUAGUGUAGUAGAUACUAUUUUAGACAACAGAAACAAGCAUCAUUCCAAACCUUGACAGAAGAAACUAGAAAGUAAAGCUUAUCGGCCGUUGACAUUGAAACAUUGAAACAGAUAAAUGCAUCACUAAGGCUUUGAUUCAUGAUUUGACAUUGUUUUCUUAAAGUAUUCACUCAGAAAAGGUACAGAAUAUUAACUUGAACUGAGAAGUUGAAUAUAUUGCAAAAAAUGAGAAGAGACUGAGAAAGAAAUGGAGAGAGAGAAUGUUGCAUUAGUCAUCAAAGCAGUUUAAGAGUCAGUGAUAAAGUGAUAGAUCAUGUAGAAGAUCAAAUAUAUCUUGAAGAAAAAUACACAAACUUGUAUCUGAAAAAUUGUCCUUGUCCAUUUCGGUCCUUUGUUCACAUAUCCGGAAGAUUACAGGAUAAAAUGAUGUAUUUGCUCAUAAUUGCUCUUCACAUGGAUAUACAGAAACGAACAUUGGCUCUAGUUUGUUAAGAAACAUCAGAUAGCAUCUUGUAAUUCCUAUUCCUAAUGACAUUGAGCCAGCAGUUAAGGAUUCUAUGAUAGGCAUUUCAUGAUGCAUCAAAAGCCAAUCUUUCCUAUCACUAUAAUGUGUAAAUAUCUCUUGUAUAUGACUAUUUAAAAAGUCAUGAUAUCUAUCACAGUUUCAGUGAGGAUCCAUCCAGAAUUAGGCCAUGAUAUAAUUAUCUUCAGGAAGCUGGAAGGGUUUGAAAACAAAGGUUUUGAGCAGCUCCACACACUUUGGAUAUUAUACAAUGUCUUUACUGCCAUUUCUUUAUCAAAUAUCCAGGUUUUGAUAAUAACUAUACAAAACAAAGAGUAUGAUAGAGAGAAAAGGCUGCUCUGCGAGCUGGCAAGAGAAACCACAAUGCACGAAAGCACAAUGCUGCUCCAAAUCUCAACUGAAAAUGGACUGUCGUCUUACGUCUUAAAAUAAUAUGUUUCUUUCUGGUAAUCAAUUCAUUACUCUACUUUCCUUCCAAAUGAUUACUAUAAGUAUACUGUAAUAAUACUCCUUUCCUGCCAAAUGAUUACUACAAGUAUACUGUAAUACUACUAAUGUCCUGUCAAUGCAUUCCAUUAAUCUACUCUCCCGUCAAAUGAUUACUACAAGUAUACUGUAAUACUACUAAUGUCCUGUCAAUGCAUUCCAUUACUUUACUUUCCUGCCAAAUGAUUACUACAAGUAUACUGUAAUAAUACUCCUUUCCUGCCAAAUGAUUACUCCAAGUAUACUGUAAUAAUACUCCUUUCCUGCCAAAUGAUUACUCCAAGUAUACUGUAAUACUACUAAUGUCCUGUCAAUGCAUUCCAUUACUUUACUUUCCUACCAAAUGAUUACUCCAAGUAUACUGUAAUAAUACUCCUUUCCUGCCAAAUGAUUACUCCAAGUAUACUGUCAUACUACUAAUGUCCUGUCAAUGCAUUCCAUUACUCUACUCUCCCGUCAAAUGAUUACUACAAGUAUACUGUAAUAAUACUCCUUUCCUGCCAAAUGAUUACUCCAAGUAUACUGUAAUAAUACUAAUUUCCUGAUAAUGCAUUUUUACUCUAAUUUCCUGCCAAAUGAUUUCUAUAAGUAUACUGUAAUAAUACUCCGUUCCUGUCUGGUUGUUUACCUUAUUAUUAAUACUCCAUGAAGGAUCACCCUAUGGCAACACUGCCAGUAGUAGAGUCAGCGUUCAAUGUAAAUUAAGAAACGUCAUAAACAUUUUGGAAACCGAAACACACAGUAGUACAUCGUACAACUGUUGCAUGUACCAUGUUUGACCACUGACUUUGUAAAACAACAUUUUGCACACAAACAGAUCCAAAAGCCAUCGUGUCUGUAUAGUAGGUGAUGCACCACUUCUUGGUGCUCUUGAGACUGCUCCCUCCAAACAGAGAUAUAGUUACAAGAGAGAGACUAGAACAUUACAAUUUGUCUCGUAUGUUUCUUGAAAAUGUAUGGAAAUACACAGGGAUAACUGCACAAAUAUUAUAAAUGAUUUAUUAGUGAUUUCUGAUCAUUUUAGUGUUUGGUGACUCCCUUAGAUGAUCGGUAACAAUUAAAUAUAGAUAACAAGCCCAUGAACAUAUGAAUUAUCAUUACAUGUAGAUGUUGUGACAUCACCUCAAGUGCAAUUGCAUGUUUUCAACAUAAGUGGUAUUCACCCCAAACAAAUUUGUAUUGCAUUUUUUCUUCUAGCUUCUUUACAUCGGCAUGCUCUUUUCUCAAUAAUAUCAAUGGAAAAAAGGCCACUUCCUUCACUUUUUUGGGGCUUUUGAUUAAGUCUUCUAACGCUUACUUUUACACAAUCCAAAACAAAGGUAGCCAUCGCACUCUUGUUGUGACGUGAUGAAGAUCAUUUAAAUGUACAGUAUAAGGAUGAACAAGUAAUGGUUGAAAGUAAAGGGUUCGUUUAGGAUUUUUUUGUGUGUUUGUGUUUUUGCAGUGUUAACAUUCUAUUAUGGUUUGAAGUGGUGAUAGAAAUACAGCGUACUUAUCAUUAAGAUAAUGAAUAUAAAGUUGAUGAGUGAUACAGGAUAAACAUGAGACUACGGCUGGAAUUCAGUCAAACCCGCACAGCAGAAAAACAUUAAUCAUUUUUUUAACAUACAUUUUCUGGCAGAAAAAGUAAGGAAAAGGUGCAUUUUUACAAGACAUGACCUAAGUGAUUUUACCACUCAUGUGGUUUUCUGCGGUAAAGGUUUGAUUGAAUAAACCCUUAAUAACCAUGCAUACUAAAUAUGCCUAUUUAACCAAAUCUAUAUCUAUAUAAUGAUUUGGUUAUUUGGGCUAUUUUUACUUUUCACUCAUGUUUAAUUUAUCAUUACAAUAUUGUGUUUGUGUAAUUUAUUUAUAUAUACUCAUAUGGCCCUAUAUUACAUUUUGUUUAAUGUUCACUCACUCUAUUUUAAGAUGUUACCAGAUUAUCUACAUGUACAUUUGUAGAAGCUUGAAUAUGAUUAAUACAUACAUUGAUCUACAGAAAUGUCUUGAUAUUGGUGUUGUACAAUUUUUCACAGGGUUGGGGUAGGGCUUUAAAUACUGUGUUCAAAAACCUGUUUCCUGGUGUACAUAUAAUAUAUUGUUAGUAAACAUUAAUUGGAGCCUGAAAUUCCUGUAAAUAGAAGACUAAAAUCAAUUUUUAACUUACUGAUUUGUACUUUACUGUAAGACGAAUGCAAAGCAAUUUCAUGGUUUCAGCUGAUAUGACAACAAUAAUGUAAAUAUUUUGAAGAGUACCACUCGGUCACUUAGUAAAACAAACAUUUGUUUUCAUUGUGUUUUAAUGACUCAAAUCAGAAUGUCUUUAGGUUUUGCCAAAUUGUAAAGUAUUAUCAAAGGCAAGAAUGUAGUUGAUGUCAUUUUGCAGCACAUGCCUGAGGUAGCUGAGACAUGUAAGCAGGAGUAUAAGCAUUUAUAGUUCCACUGAUUGGAAAGAUGCACAUACAUGUGCAUGCACACACACACACACACACACACACACAUAAACCUACACACGCACGCACGCACGCACGCACGCACGCACGCACGCACGCACGCACGCACGCACGCACACACACACACACACACACACACACACACACACACACACACACACACACACACACACACACACAGGUCAAGUAUAAAGGAGCUUAAUGGGACUCUAAUAGCUAGCGUUAAGUCACCCAUCUCAGGUUCGCACAACUAACCAGUUCACUACUGAAAUGUUACAGAGACGUAUUAAUCUGCCCAGUGAUGCUACAGUACAACUGUUUGUGGAUUUCUAUAUUUGCAGUGUAUUAUAUGUAUGUGUGUGUUUGCGUGUGAGAGUGUGUACAUAUGUCAGCCAGUGGGAUGUUUUAAAAGCACGUCUAUAACUGGCAAAAUGUUGGCUUCAUAAAAUGGCUUCACUUUGAAAGAUGUGUUUGUACCUCACAGCACUUUUUCUUUCAUAUAUUUUUAUAUUUCUAUAGUCCUAUAAAAAGAUUCCUCUGAAUGAACCAUCUUGGUGACAGUGUAUGUUGGCACACACUCACAGAUGAAGCCUUAGCAUCCUGACCUGCCCUGGGCAGUCCCUCUUGUGUCACAUCAGAGAGCAGCAAACCCCUCCCUCUUCUUCACAAAGAGCACCUCCAGAACAAGAUCUAUACUGAAAUCUAUGAACCUAUGAAUAAUGUGUUUUUAAUACAAGAAAACCUGUGGAGAAAAAAAUUCGAUAAAUAUUGUAUAUAGUUCUGAAUCUAUGAAUUCACAUGUUUGUUGCUGCUGCUGUUGGGAGUAAUCUAUGAUGUGUCCAUGUUUAUUUGUCUUCUCUGUAGGCUUCUGAUCAUGUUCCUGUUAUUCAUCCAUUGAUCUAGAAUUCAGCUUCUGUCCGUUAGUCUAUCAAUCUGCUGUAUCAUUAUAUAGUUUCCUAUUUUGUUACACUCUGUAUGAAGUUAUGGUAUAUGGUAUAGCACAAUUUAGUCAUGCAUACAUGCAUAAAGAGAAAUGAGGGUAAAUGCCCAGUGUUCUCACUCCAUUACAUAGGCCUACAUAGAUGUUCAGGUUUUCCACUUGAUUGUUUGAUGGAAAAGCUUUAUUUGAAACCCUGUAGAACCACGAUCCAUGCCUUUAUCAUUUUACUGUCUGUGAGAUUCCUACCUUUUGUUCUUUACCUGCCUCCACCACACACACACACACACACACACACUCUUAGGAAAAAGGGUUCCAAAUGGUUUCUAUGAUUGUCCCCAUUGGAUAACCCUUUCGGGUUCCAGGUAGAACCCUCUGUAGAAAGGGUUCUAUAUAGAACCCCUAAAGGUUCUACAUGGAACCCAACAGGUUUCUACCUGGAACCAAAAAGGAUUUACCUGCAACCAUAACGGAUUCUUCAAAGCGUGCUCCUAUGGAGAAAGCCGAAGAACUCUUUAAGGUUCUGGAUAGCACUUUGUUUUCUAACAGUGCACCCUUUAACAGACAAAUGUAUGUUACGUCUAAACAUACUCAGCCUCUGUGUAGAUGCAACUGCAGGCAUGUGGAUAGUUUGGAAUCAAAGCUUAUUAAUAUCAGUAUUCAAAGUGUAGUGUUUUCACCUCACCAUCCUACCUGUAGGAAUAUGAAUAGUGUUUUUUACCUCACAUUCCUACCUGUAGAAAUAUGAAUAGUGUUUUCACCUCACAUUCCUACCUGUAGUAAUAUGAAUAGUGUUUUCACCUCACAUUCCUACCUGUAGAAAUAUGAAUAGUGUUUUCACCUCACCAUCCUACCUGUAGAAAUAUGAAUAGUGUUUUUUACCUCACAUUCCUACCUGUAGAAAUAUGAAUAGUGUUUUCACCUCACAUUCCUACCUGUAGAAAUAUGAAUAGUGUUUUCACCUCACAUUCCUACCUGUAGAAAUAUGAAUAGUGUUUUCACCUCACCAUCCUACCUGUAGAAAUAUGAAUAGUGUUUUUUUAUCUUCUUGAGAACUUUAAUUGUUUUUGUAACUUUCUUAUUUAAGAAUGAAUUGUUUAAAAUCCAAUAUGAGUGGUACCUUGUUAACUUUUCUCUGUUUUCCCUUACGAACUGGGUGGAGUGGAUGACUUCUAUACAUACCACCUCACUGGCUAAAUUCAUAAGAGUUGAAGAAAAGCGUCAUGGCAACAUGUUGACAGUGAACAAUUUGUGUGAUGAAAGAUAUUUUCUAUAAAAAACAAAUACAAUCUUAUAAAGAAAUGAUAUAUAUGUAUACACAUUUAUAAAUAUAUUGCAGCCAAUCUCUGCGUGUAAACAUUAACAACUGUUGACUAGUGUGUGGUUCUUGAAUUUGAAAUAAUGCCAUUAUGAAUAAACAAUAUAAUUACUGAA